CCUUUGUUCAGUAGUGUGAUGGUGGAAUGAGGAGAAGUUGAUCUUCGUAACUCAAAAAAAAACUGUUUUAAGCAAGUAUAAGUAGUCAUCAUUCAACCAACUAGAGAUUAAUUAAAACCAAAUAUAAUAAUUUUUCCAUUAGUCGCAAGAAUUGGCACAGAUUAGCACACAAGAAGAGUGGAAGACGCGCAAUGUUUUUCGAAUUGUACUGGCAAUAUUUUGUGGCUGGGCUGGCUCUUUGGCUAACCGCAAAAGUGGGCAUGAAUAUUCGCAAGAAAUCAUCCUCGAAUGGACCAUCAACUAUUCAAAAAGUGAAGGACUUUAAAGAAAAUGAUAACCAAGAAAUUGAAAGCGACGAUAGUGAUCUGGAUGAGCAAUUCGAAGAUAUUUCGCCCGCUUUACCUAAAGAUCUAAAACACAUUCCUCUCCCUUUCAAUAAAAGGCCUGUACAAGAAUCUCUAAAGAGGUCGCAGGAGUUUUAUCAGCUGCUGAACAUGAGAAGGACUGUGCGCCGAUUUAGCUCAGAAAAUGUCCCAGAAGCUAUCAUUGAUAAUAUAAUUAAAACUGCAGGUACGGCUCCCAGUGGAGCACACACCGAACCAUGGACUUAUGUAGUCAUAAAAGACCCCGAAAUCAAACAACAGGUUCGUCAGAUAAUCGAAGAGGAAGAAGAAAUUAAUUACAAAAAGCGAAUGGGCAAAGUGUGGACAACCGACCUUCAACCCCUCAGGACCAAUUGGGUCAAAGAGUACCUAACAGAUGCGCCUUAUCUGAUUCUGGUAUUCAAGCAAACCUACAGUUUGAAGCCUGAUGGUACCAAAAAGCUGCAUUAUUACAACGAACAGAGCGUCUCUAUUAGCGCUGGAAUAUUGCUAGCUGCGAUACAUUACUCUGGAUUAGUCGCUUUAACAUCCACACCGUUAAAUUGCGGUCCAGCUCUGCGCACUUUGCUUGGCCGUCCAAAGUCCGAAAAACUCACUUUGCUAUUCCCAGUUGGAUAUCCUGCAGAAGACUCUCUAAUACCGGACUUAAAUCGCAAGCCUCUGGAGGAAAUAAUGGUGAAGUUUUAAUAUGGAGGAGUAUUUUGGGAAACUUAUUGAGUUUCUAGCACGAAUUUGCGUUUUCAGUUUGACUCACUUAAAAAAACCUUAUUUGUUCUUAAAUAAAAUAUUCUCUCAAUA